GUAGUCACCGUUUGAGACCAUCGACGCUCGUAUCGACCUUCCGUCGCCUCGCCUUCGUCGACGAUAAUUCGCGAGAAUAUCGCCGCGUGCAUCUCGCGUCUCUUCGAGGGACUCCGACCGUGGAAAACGGAGUAGUGAGCCUCUCCCAGACAGGUGCGUCCGGAAACGAGGGAUCCCCGAAGUGCUACUUGCCAGGGGGUUUGCGAUAUUUUUGUCGGAGCUUCUUCACGGAAACUUGAUCGUUCAACAUCGUCGUCGAAAGCCGUAGAGAUGAGUAUCCAGAAGCCGGAAGAUCUUUUAUCGAUUGUCAUAUCAAGUGAACUUCCACCUUCUCCGAAUUCCCGACAGCUGUUUAUAAAUCAAGAUCAACAGGAUGAAGAAGCGUCCGAUUGUCCCCUAUUAACACCAAGUCCACCACCUACCCAAACUGACGAGGCUCUACAGUCGCCGCCGAUAUUCAAUGCUCUGGAAGGAGCUCCAUUAGAGAUAAUACCCACGCCAACGCUUGAGAAUAUUAAUACGGAGGACGGACUCAACUUCAUGAACAUAGUGAACAGCUCGAGUAAACCUUUAAACGAUGAACCGAGUUCACGCGAUCCCAUGGUGGAGUCCACUAGCAGCGGCAGCAGCAGCGACACAAAUGAACCUGUUUGCGCACAAUUGUUGACACAAUUGAAUACCGCCUAUCAACAUCUCGCACCAGAUGCACAAGCUUUAUUUUACAACCAGGAGAACGGCGGCAAGCCACCGCUCGUUGGGAUUCAACUGGUGGUGCCGAAACCGCCCAAAGAUUAUCGCUUCAUGAAGUGGAACUGGCCGUUGAUACGGAAGACAUGCUACUGGUCAUUGAUGUCGAUCUUGACCGGGUGCGCCGCUCUUGUUAUCGGCAUUAUCGCCACAAUGCCUAAGAAAUGCGACCCGCCGGUGGAAUGGUGGCAAGGCAGCACCUUCUACGAGAUAUUCCCGGCGUCUUUUCAGGACUCGACGAAGGGUGCCGACGGGAUCGGCGAUCUGCGCGGGAUAAUUACGCGGCUGGACUACUUGAGGGAUCUCGGAAUACGAGCGGUCCGACUCAAUUCGAUAUUCCCGGCGCCGCAUUACCCGGAAUAUUACUCGAACAUCAGCAACAUGACGGACGUGAACAGGGAGUUGGGCACGUUGGACGACUUCUCCGUUCUUGUGCGCGAGAUUCACGAGCGAAACAUGAGCAUAGUUCUCGAUCUGCCCCUACACCCGUUUGUGAAGAGGUCGAUCAGCGACGCGAAGACGAACGAGACCGAACGCGCGCCGCUCCGGGAGAGACGGGAUCUCGCUGACGGCGCGACAAUUCACGACGCACUGCCGUCCGCGUCGUCCGCGUCGGUCGAGGUUAUCCGCGACGUCCUGUCAUUACCGCUGCAGGAAAUGAACAGGCAAACGCUUCCCCCCGGUCCCUCGGCUCGUCAACAGGAGCACCCGGUUAGCGAGGCCGUCAGGAUCUGGCAGCAGCGAGGAGUGGACGGGUUCUAUCUGAAGGGGCUGGAGCAUUACGUAGACGAGGACACGUUCGUGAGCGAUCUUCGGUACUGGAGGUCCCUUCUGCGCCCCGGCAGUAUCUUCAUCUGUCACGUGAGCGCCCUGGACGCCGCAACCUCCGCCGCGAGAAAUUCCAUCCUGUCCAGGAUAGACCUGAUCGACGUGACCCUCCGUCUGUCGAACGGCACGAGGAACAUCAAGGCGCAGAUCGAGAGCGUCACGAAGGGCGUGCUCUUCGACAAGCCCGCUUACCCGUGGAUCCACUGGUCCGUCGGCGGCGUGGACACCAACAGGGUGGCCUCCACCGUGACCGUCAAGAACGCCAGUAUGGCGGCUUCUCUUCUCAGCAUGAUGCUACCCGGGACACCGAAUAUAUUCUACGGAGAUGAGAUCGGUAUCGAAGAUUGCGAGUGUCGGGAUCACAAGGACUUGGCACACGUGCACAAUUUGGUUCCUAUGUAUUGGGAGAAGGAAGCAGACGGCUCCGGUAGCAGUUUCUCGCCUUCAGGAGUUACCGCUUGGCUACCAGAAGCUGGGAAACCUAUGAAAACCAGUUUGAAAAACACCAUUGCGGAAAUGACGAGACUAAGGAUGGAAGCGACGCCAGUUUACGUCAAAGCGGUGCUAAGAGACAGCCAAAUUGCUGCGAACUGUGAUGUUAGGUACGUGGAAGAUGAAAUGAUCGUGAUCGAGCGAUGGUAUCCACGAAGAAAUUCCUAUGUGUUUGUGGCCAAUUUCGGCAACGAGACGCGGAUAAAGGAUUUAUCGUCUCUUUAUUACGGCGGUCACGUUGUUGUUGGGCCAAAGUACAGAAUAAAUCGGAAUGUGUACUUCAAAGAAUUGGCCGUCCCCCCGGGAGAGGCGUUUGUUAUAAAAUUAGAUAAGUGAGAGAGCCUCGCGGUUAAAUAAUAAGUUCAGAUAUUAUUUUUAUUUAUACUCUUGUCACGUAAAACAAUUUAAUCGUCAGUGUUAUUUACAAAAAAGGAUACCUUACAACGAAAUAAAAUUUUAUAAAAUUUUACUUUACGAAAUUUCAGGGAUAAACUAAUUCUUGAAUGAUCGAAGGUAAGGGAUUUUUCGAAUUCAUGUUUUAGGAAUGUGAUAAUAAAUUAAGAAGAUUAUUUUAUUAUUUUUAUUAUUUUUUGAGUAAUUAAAAUAAAGAAGGAGAAAAAACAGAAGAAUGGUGCUGGAAGUUAAGAAAUCAAAAUAAAAGAGCGUCCAAUAAAUUUUUUUAUGACUAUGACUAGUACAAGUAACACGUGUCUCACAGCAUUACAAAUGAUUAUAGUCUCAUUACUUAUGUCGUACAAAAAAUUGGAUCCUUACAACGAAUUUUAAUGCAUAUCGAUCACAUAUUGUAUCCACAAAAUCGAUCUAUAAUGCGAUUGUGACUUUACAGCAUGCGGUUAUCAUCGUAUUUAUUUCGGCUCCUAAAAACACUGCAGAGGCAAAAGGCCUUACAUUUUUGUAUUAUACUUUCUUUGAUAAAUCAAAAUUUAUUGUAUAUCGUAAUAUUGUAAUAAAAUUCAUCACGUUAUGACGGCCAAAAAAUCGCGUGUAGGAUCUCUUCGUAAUAUAUAUAUAUAUAUAUAUAUGUGUGCAUAAAAAUAUUAACUUUAAAAUAUUUUCUACGACAUAAAAACUAUAAUCGUUUUGGCUACUUAUACAACGCGUUGUCUAAUUACUUUUAUUGUUGGCAUCGAAUCGUACAAUUAUAUACGGUUUUUUCGACAAUUAUAUAUGUAUAUUAGGAAUAGAAAUGUAUCGUGUGUAAUUGAUUGUGUGAAUGCAAAGAAUUUAUGUUAACAAAAUUAUCUCUACGUAUUUACACAGACAAAUAAAAGAAGUUCUGAAUAUAUUGCUAGAUCAUUAUUGUAUAAUAAAAUUUUUGUACAAUAAAUAAUGAAUAACAACAAA